AAAAACAGGAGAGUCAGAAUUGCACUUAGUAGUUCUGAGAGAAGCAGACGUUCUACUUUGUCACCUUUCGUUAUUUGUCGACAUUAAACAAACAGUGGCUUGGGGCAAUGUGCGUACACGUUUUAUGAUAUCGGAAACCUUCGACCUGUUAGUGUUAAUCCACAACUGGUCAAACAUGGCUCUUGCAGAAAUUGAAAAAACGAUAGCAGGUGUAUGGAUUCUAGACAGGAACGAAAAUUUAGAUGAAUACUUAAAAGAAAUAGGUGUGAACUUUGUGCUCCGGAAGUUAGCGGCUGCCGCCAAUAGCACCAUGACGAUAACGGUGGAGGACGAACAAGUUCGGAUCCACACCAAGGGACCAAAAGACUCCGACCAUAAUUUUUCUCUGGAUACUGAGGUGGAGUCUAGCGAUCCUCAGGACAACCCUAUGAAGGCUACAGUCACUUGGGAAGACGGGAAACUAAUUACGGAGGCCAAACCGACCGAGGGGUCAAAGGGCAAGGCGACCCGAGUGGAAAGAGAGUUGGUGAAUGGGGAACUUAUAAUGACAGUUUAUGUCAACAAUGUCGUGUGCCGGAGAAUCUUUAAGAAGAAAUGAGGUCCACCAUUUCCUCUCGCUCAGACCAGAUUUGUUCAGUAUUAGCAUACUUCACGACACCGUCACAUUAACCAUUAUAAUAACAUGGCUACAUCGUAUAUGGACCAUGUACAUAUAUUCAAGCUGAUAUGCAGCCGUUAUGUAUAUAUUUGUUCGUUUGUUUUUGGUUUUUUUGUUGGGUUUUGUUGUGGUUUUGGAGACCAAACAGAUGAGCCCAUUCUUUCUAUAAAGUACCAUAAAAAUUAGUGAGAUUUAUAAUUGUAUAUGAGGACCAACCAAUUGUUAUAUGCUUGUCAACAGAUCUAAUAAACAAGUGUUAUAAA